UAUUUUCGUGUCGAGAAUCGCCGUACCGAAGCUUUAAAUAGGAUCGAGUUUUCGACGAAGAAGGCAGUUUCUAAUACCAAUUCUACAUGUUGGAGCAUCGCACCGUAUUCGAUAUGCCGUUGCAUUGCAUAACCAACCCGUUACAACGGGAAUUAGCCGACGCUAUUAUAAGGUUACAACCACUGGAUGAAAUUCGGAUACUACUUGCAUGUGGUGCAAGACCAAAUGAGCCUGUAACCCAAGGUUUAAGACCAUUACAUUAUGCGGUAUGGCAAAGGUACAUAGAUGCAGCACAAUUAUUAUUGGUACGUGGUGCCGAUAUCGAUGCAACCGACGAAUGCGGAUAUUCCGCAUUGCAUCUGGCUGCUGAACAUGGUUUUCUCGAUCUCGUCAAACUUUUAUUAAAAUAUGGCGCCAAGGUUGAUCAUAGAAAAGACACUGGGGAAUUAUUUCCUAGGACUAUGAUGUGCGACGAGCCAUUAAGAUUGGCCUUGAGAAAUCGUCACGUAGAAGUUGCAAGGACUUUAUUGGAAGCUGGCGCAAAUCCAAACAAAAGAUAUUUCUUUGGUUCUGAGAUUAAUUUGGUAUCACCUUUGGAUCUGGAGUGUAUGGAACUUUUAUUGGCUUUUGGUGCCCAACCCAAUAUGAGGGAUCGUGCUGGAUUAACACCAUUAAUGAAAGCAGCAAGAUCACCCCAAGGUGUUGCAACUGUAUUACUGUUGUUGAGUUAUGGGGCAGAUGUUAAUUCCAUGGCAGAUUCAAGGCACGAUUAUAGAACGGUUUUGCAUUAUGCUAUACUUGGUGGGGAUCCAGCUGUUAUAAAUCUUUUAUUGAAACAAGGUGCAAGGUUAUCUCUUGGACCAGAUUAUCAAAAACCAACUGCAUUAGAUUUAGCUAUACUCAAGGGUGAUCCUUCAAUCGUUGAGAUGUUAUUAGAGUCUGGUGCUGACGUUAAUGCAACAUCACCGAUCAUCGGAUCGGCCCUCCAUGUUGCUUGUGCCGACAACAUACCCAACAGAUUGCAAAUACUUCAAAUGUUAUUGGAACGUGGUGCAGAUCCUAAUCUUGUAAUACGCAGCGAUGAAGGUUUCUCAUUACGUCCAGUUUUAGCAGAAUACGUGGCAUCCAAUGAAAAUCCUUCAGUCGAAGUUGUCGCACUUUUGUUAAAGUAUGGUGCUAGGGUUGUCAUAAAGACACAAUUUCGUGAUCCACAUGGUAUAUUAAAUUCGUUACAAAAUACCGCGGAUAAACCUAAAUUAUUAAGAGCACUUUUAGAAGCUGCGGAAAGUUUUGAUCCUUGUAUGAUCAAAAGAUCGAGUAGUUUGACCGAUGCACAAAAAGCUUUAGUAAUGGAAGCUGCUAGAACACCUUUACCAUUGACCCAUCAAGCUAGGCUCAUAGUUCGAAGAAUAUGCGGCACGAAAUUACCUAAAAUUGUACGAAAUUUACAAUUACCCCAAUCUUUACAUCGAUAUCUUCUUUACGAUUUUCAUUAGCCUAUUUUUUUUUUUUUGAGGUUAUUUUUAAUUCUAUAUUGAACAGGGGGAGAAGGGGGCAACAACAACAACGAUAUUAAACGUUGUGUUUACUUAAAACAUGAAACAACAAAUAUAUAUAUAUAUUAAAUAACACCGUGCCAAUCUCAUUUUGCUAAUAUUAUCUUCAAUUAAAUCUAUAUCUUUUAUUAUUUAUACAUUUUAAUAGAACAUUUCAUUUAUUUUCAUUAACGAAAUUUGGCGAACACGAAAGUUUAUCAAAUUCAAAAUUUACUUAAAAAAAAAAAAAAAAACAAUAUUUUUUAUCCACUGUCUUGAGUGAUCUCUCCAACGUGCACGUGUAUUUUAAUCGUGCGUCUUUGAAUUUACCUGAUUACCGUGUAUUAUAAAAAAAAAAAAAAAAUCAUCAAAUGAAGAGAACGUGACAUAGUUCAAAUAUGAAGUAUUAUAUUACAUGAAUU